AUGAGGGGCUUUGUGGCACUCCUUGCAGUUCUCACACUCUGCCAAGGCAAUCAGAUUGCCAGGGUCCAUCUGCACAAAGGGAAGUCUAUGCGACAAGCCUUGAAGGAGAGCGGGCUCCUGGAUGACUUUUUGAGAAAACACCAGUAUGCAAUUGGCAGGAAGUACUCCAACUCCGGGAUGGUGGCCAGGGAGCCUCUGAUCAACUACCUGGAUAGUCAGUACUUUGGAAAGAUCUACAUCGGGACUCCAUCCCAGGAGUUCACUGUGGUGUUUGAUACAGGCUCCUCGGACUUCUGGGUGCCCUCUGUCUACUGCAACAGUGAUGCCUGCCAAAACCACCACUGCUUUAAUCUGUUCAAGUCCUCCACCUUCCAGAACAUGGGCCAGCCCCUGACCAUCCAAUAUGGCACCGGCAGCAUGCAGGGCUUUCUGGGCUACGACACUGUCACCGUCUCUGACAUUGUGGACCCUCAGCAGACCGUGGGCCUGAGCACCCAAGAACCUGGCAAUGUCUUCACCUAUGCUGAGUUCGAUGGGAUCCUGGGGCUGGCCUACCCCUCUCUUGCCUCUGAGUACUUGGUGCCCGUGUUUGACAACAUGAUGUACAGGCACCUGGUGCCCCACGACCUGUUCUCAGUUUACAUGAGCAGGAAUGACCAGGGGAGCGUGCUCACGCUGGGGGCCAUUGACUCGUCCUACUACACGGGCUCCCUGCACUGGGUACCUGUGACUCUCCAAGAGUACUGGCAGUUCACCGUAGACAGCAUCACUGUUGAUGGUGUGUUGGUAGCUUGUGAUGGCGGUUGUCAGGCCAUCCUGGACACAGGCACCUCCCUGCUGGCUGGGCCGAACAACGACAUCCUUAACAUCCAGAAGGUCAUUGGAGCCACGCGGGGCCAGUAUGGCCAGUUUAACAUUGACUGCGGAAGACUGAGCAGCAUGCCCGUGGUUGUCUUCGAGAUCCAAGGCAGACGGUACCCACUGCCACCCUCCGCCUACACCAACCAGGACCAGGGCUCCUGUACCAGUGGCUUCCAGAGUAACAGUGACCCCCAGCAGUGGAUCCUGGGAGACGUCUUCAUCCGGGAGUAUUACAGUGUCUUUGACAGGGCCAACAACUGUGUGGGGCUGGCCAAGGCUAUCUGACCCCACCACUGCUCAGGGACCACACUGUCCCCAAACAUACACCCAUGCACAUGCAUACACUCACACACACACACACACACGUACACACAUAUGUGCACACACAUGCAUCAG